AUGUCCGAUGAAAAACAUUUGAACUCCUACGAUUCUACUCCAAAGACCAACUCAAUGCUGUCGAUCAGCUCCCAACCUUCAGAUGAAAUCGUUACAUCUAAUAAAGAGAAACCAAAAUGGUACAAGAGAUUUAAGAUGAAGAAUAUGUUUGAAAAAAUUGAAGAUAGACCAACCCCACCACAAGUUUACAACUACAGAAUCUAUAUGACUGCUAUCAUGGCUUCUGCUGCCGCCAUUAUUAUUGGAUAUGAUGGUGGUUUUAUUGGUGGUACUGUUGCUUUAGAUUCUUUUAAACAAGAGUUUGGUCUUGAUGAUUCUGCCCAUUCAAGUUUUAUCAUUUCUAAUGUCAUUUCUGUUUUCCAUGCCGGUUGUUUUUUCGGUGCAUUAUUUUCCUACCCAUUUUCAUUUUAUCUUGGAAGACGUAUUCCAUUAAUUAUCGCUGCCGUCUUAAUUACAGCUGGUUCUGCUAUUAUGUUGGCUGCUUCAUCUAGUGUUGGAUUGGGUCCAAUUUAUGCUGGUAGAGUUAUGGCGGGUGUUGCCGUUGGAUUCUCUACAAAUUUGACUGUGGUUUACAUUUCAGAAAUUGCUCCUCCAGCAAUCAGAGGUCAGUUAACUAGUAGUUAUGAAAUCGGUUGGAGAGUCGGUGAUUUAGUUGGGUUCUGGAUUAAUUACGGUGUUGAUUCACAUAUUCCAGAUGGUAAAAAACAAUGGUUUAUUCCUUUUGCAAUUCAAUUAAUUCCAAGUGGUUUGUUUUUACUCGGCAGUAUUUUCAUGAAAGAAUCUCCAAGAUGGUUGAUGCAAGUUGGUAGAGAUGAUGAAGCCAUUAAAAACUUGACUUGGUUCAGACAAUUACCAGAAGAUGAUGAAUACAUAAUCUACGAAGUUAAUCAAGUUAAACAAUCCAUUGAAGAACAAAAACAAAAAGUCGGAUUGGGAAUCUUGGAUCCAUUCUACGAAGUUUUUUUCAACAAUAAACUUGUCUUGCGUCGUUUAUUGAUCACCAUGACCAUCUACGUUGUUUGUAACUUUUUGGGUAUCCAAUCUAUCAACUACUACUCCCCUGUCAUUUUCAAGAGUUUAGGUAUUAAAGGUACUAAUGCAUCUUUGUUUUCGACUGGUAUGUUUGGUAUUGUCAAAUUUGGUUGUACAUUCAUUUAUAUCUUGUUUAUUGUUGACACCAUUGGAAGAAGAAAAGCAUUCAUGGCCUCAUCUGCUGUUUGUUCUAUUUGUUUCUGGUAUAUUGGUGCUUAUUUGAAACUUAAUGAUCCAACUAAACCAGGUGUUGAUGCUGGUCCAGGUGGUAAAGCUGCCAUUGGUAUGAUGUAUAUUUGGAUUGCUUCAUUCAUUUUAGCUUGGUCUGGUGGUCCAUUUGUGGUUGGUAGUGAAGUUUUUGAUCAAAACAUUAGGUCAUUUGUUCAAGCUAUUAAUGCAGCAAUGUCCUGGGUUCCAAUCUUUAUCAUGUCCAGAUUCACUACUAAUAUGAUCCGUACUAUGCAAUAUGGUAUUUACUUCUUCUUUGCUGCAUUGGCUGUCUGUACCAUCCCAUUCAUCUUUUUCUGUUUGCCAGAAACCAAAGGGAUUGCAUUGGAAGAUAUGGAUAGAUUAUUCAGUCCAGAUUUGCCAGCCUGGAGAGCUAACAAAGUUGUUAUGUCUGAAGUCCAACAUGAAACUGAAGAAAUUUUCCAAGAAAACCACGAAGAAGGUUUAUUCACUACUGCUGACAACAAACCAAAAACAGAAAAUGUUGAAGAUAUUUUAGUUAAAGAAAGUGUAUAG